UCGACCAACACUCCCAAGGAUAGGGAACAACACCAACGUGUAUAUAAAGGAAUAUGCUGGUCUCCAUUCAACAACCAUUCUUGCUUCUCAGCAUCUUCUACCGCAUUCAACCCCAAGUCAGCUUGACAAUCUUUAAGAAAAUGAACUUCAUCCGCAUUGUGAUGUUCUUCGUGGUUUGUCUUUCGAUGGCUGCAGUCGUUUUCGCCAACCCCACCCCGGCAGACAACGAAGGCGGAGUCGCCGGUGCAAGAGAUCAACGUCAACGAAAAUUGUGUUUGGAUUCUCAAUGCUCGCACAUCCGCUGGACCCGAUAAGUUAACUUCCCUUUUUAAGCCGCAGAACAAAACAUCGUGGGUUGAUAGUGUCGACAACCGUUUCUUCGCGUCUACAUUUCAAAGACAAAUCUUCGAGUAUCGUUUAAAUUAAUCGUUUUGCGCAUGACAUUGGUUUCCAUUUACAAUGGCUGUAUGUAAAUAAGCCUCAAGAAAGUUUUUUACUUUUGUAAUCAGCAUUUGGUACAUUUUGAUGUAACUGUUUCUACAUUUUUUAAAAUGCUCGGUGAAUCUCAAUAAAUGGUUAUUUUACAAAA